AUGCGCGAUUCAGGCAUCUUGACGCAAUGCCGGGCCCGUGCGUACGGGUCGAGGCAGGCUGCCUGGCGCGACUCGCAGCCGAGGGCUCGACUUGCGCCGCUGGUUCGGGCCUUUGUUCUGCCGACAUCGUCAUCCUGGGCUGACGCGUGCGCAGUUCGUGCAAGGUGCUUGCGGGGACAUGUUGCGGAGAUGUUCCAGCUAGGAAAUUCGCGACGCCGACCGUUGCCACCAACAAUUCCAGCGUCUUUCGUCGGCCGCGCGCCGUUUGUCGACGACGUCUUCACCUUGAGCUCUAGUGCCUAUCCGUGGAUCGGCAAACUCGCAAUAGCGCACUUUGCGACUGAAAUGGGUCGCUGGGAAAAGCUUGCGACGCCAGCAGCUCGUUGGGGAGUACUCUCCAUCAGACGACUUGGCCCAAGGAUUUACGAGGAUAACAAUGGACGCGUAGUGACAGUCGGUCGCACGAGACAAGGGAUGCGUUGCGUGUUCAAGUCGCACCAGGGAAUACGUUUCGCGCUGUUGCUCCCCCUUGCUCGAGGACCGUACGGGACGUACACGGGGCGUGGUUCUAUUUUCCGGCUUCCCGGAAGCCCGAGCGGAUCAGCGAGACUAUGGACGUAUGAAGGCAAGGCUCCUGUGUCGGGUGCUUUCCGGAGUUGGCCAAGUGAGGAUACUGCUGGCGAGGUUGAAACACGCCGCUAG